AAACCGUUCGAGAAAUACUUGACACUGCUGGAGUCAGCUGGCUCACGAACAGCGUUCAUCAACAGUGCGUAUACUCUUUUGAAGACGUACGAUUUUGACGGCCUUGACCUAGCUUGGCAGUUCCCGCAAUCGAAGCCGAAACGCGUUCGCGGAUUGUCGGGCAAACUGUGGCACGGCUUCAAGAAACUGUUCACCGGUGACAGCAUCCUGGACCCGAAGGCGGAAGAACAUCGUGAGGAAUUUACUGCACUGGUUCGCGACUUGAACAACGCAUUCGUGCAUGAUAAGUUCCGAGUGGGCUUCACCCAACUGCCGCAUGUCAAUGAAUCAGUUUUCCUGAACAUUCCGCUGCUGAAGGAUAAUUUUGAGUACAUCAAUAUUGCCGCGUACGAUCAGCAAACUCCGGAACGAAACCCCAAGGAAGCUGACUACACGGCGCCGAUCUAUGAACCAUCGGAACGGGCCGAGGGCAAUAACGUGCAGGCCAAGGUGAAAGCGUGGCAUUCGGCUGGAACUCCGCUGGAUAAGAUUGUCGUUGGCUUGGCCACUUACGGCCGUGGCUGGAAACUGACGGAAGAGUCGGGCAUAACCGGCAGGCCUCCGAUUCGCGCCGACGGUCCUUCACCGGCUGGGCUUCACACGCAAAUACCCGGAUACUAUAGCUUCGGUGAAGUGUGCGCCUUGCUGCCUAAUCCAACCAACGCUAACAUGCAGGGUGCCGAUUACCCGCUGCGUAAGAUAAACGAUUUCAGCAAGCGCUUUGGUCCGUAUGCAUUCCGUAUUCCGGACGAGAACGAAGAACACGGUAUCUGGCUGUCGUAUGAGGAUCCCGAGAGCGCUGGCAAUAAGGCGGCGUACGUGAAGGCGAAGGGAUUGGGCGGAAUUUCUAUCAACGAUCUGGCGAUGGAUGAUUUCCGUGGUGUAUGUUACGGCGACAAGUUCCCGAUUCUGCGUGCUGCCAAGAACGCAGGUAAAGUGACCUUAGUUGACAUUGGGGAGGCAUUGCCAUUCUGCACCCAUCUGCUUUACGGCUACGCCGGGAUCGACGUCAACACCCAUCGUAUACGCGCACUCAACGAAGAUCUUGAUCUGGACUCUGGAAAAGGCCAUUUUCGAGCUGCAACGGAGCUGAAAAACAAGUUUCCGGGACUGAAGGUCUUCUUGAGUAUCGGUGCUUACUACGAUCUGAAUGAGGAAAAUCAUUCGCUAAAGUAUCUGUCACUUCUGGAAUCUGACGAGACACGAGCAACGUUCAUUGAGAGUGCGCGCACCCUGCUGAAGACACACAAUUUUGACGGCCUUGACUUGGCCUGGCAGCUGCCACAAUCGAAACCGAAACCAUUUACUGAUAGCAUUGUUGAUGAAAAGGCAGCUGAACAUCGUGAGGGAUUUACUUCUUUGGUUC